AAAAUCCAGAGAACGCGAGGGCAGGAUGCUCACAAUACUGGUUAUGAGAGUUCCCAGUUGGGGCCUCAGAGAAGAGGAAAACAUUCUGCACCAUCUAACACCCCAAGAAGCCCACUAGAAGGGCGCCCACUAGUGAGGAGGGAGCAGCCUGCAGCUGGGGGAAUGAGAGCGGAGCUCAGAAAAAGGCUUCCAGUUCGGGGGAUGCUGAUUUCAAAAGCAUCCAGUUCCUUACAGCUCUGCGAUUCCGCCUUCUGGAGGAGAGGCUAACCCCGAGCCGAGUAGUGCAUGCGCACAGACCGCCACCGCACCGAGGCGGCCGCGAAUGCGUAAUCGGACUGAUUYGGGCCUUCCCGUGAGCCUUUGGGGCCGACUCUCGUGCGAACGCCGGAAGCAGCCAYUCUUGGUUUCCGGCAAUAGGACAGCGGCGGCCUUGCGACCCGGAAGUGUUCCCAUUUUGCGUCGUCGGGGCUCGGCGGCUACCCGGCUCCAGGCGUACGUACCACUAUGGGGUCUUCAAAGAAGCACCGCGGAGAGAAAGAGGCUGCCGGGAGCACGGCGGCGGCCGGCACUGGGGGAACCACCGAGCAGCCGCCGCGGCAUCGGGAGCACAAGAAACACAAGCACCGGAGUGGCGGUGGCGGCAGCAGCGGCGGUGAACGACGGAAGCGGAGCCGGGAACGUGGGGGCGAGCGCGGGAGCGGGCGGCGCGGGGCCGAAGCCGAAGCCCGCAGCAGCGCGCACGGGCGGGAGCGCAGCCAGGCCGAGCCCUCCGAGCGGCGCGUGAAGCGGGAGAAGCGCGAUGAUGGCUACGAGGCCGCUGCCAGCUCCAAAACUAGCUCAGGAGAUGCCUCAUCGCUUAGCAUUGAGGAGACCAAUAAACUCCGGGCGAAGUUGGGGCUGAAACCCUUGGAGGUCAAUGCYGUCAAGAAAGAGGCGGGCACCAAGGAGGAGCCCGUGGCGGCCGAUGUCAUCAACCCCAUGGCCAUACGACAGCGAGAAGAGCUCCGGGAGAAGCUAGCAGCUGCCAAGGAAAAGCGCCUACUGAAUCAAAAGUUGGGGAAGAUAAAGACACUGGGGGAAGAUGACCCCUGGCUGGAUGAUACUGCAGCCUGGAUCGAGAGGAGUCGACAGCUGCAGAAGGAGAAGGAUUUGGCAGAGAAGAGGGCGAAACUGCUGGAGGAGAUGGACCAAGAGUUUGGUGUCAGCACUCUGGUGGAGGAGGAGUUUGGGCAGAGGCGACAGGACCUGUACAGUGCCCGGGACCUGCAGGGCCUCACUGUGGAACAUGCCAUUGAUUCCUUCCGAGAAGGGGAGACUGUGAUCCUUACCCUCAAGGACAAAGGUGUGCUGCAGGAAGAGGAGGAUGUGCUGGUGAACGUGAACCUGGUCGAUAAGGAGCGGGCAGAGAAGAACGUAGAGCUGCGUAAGAAGAAGCCUGACUACCUGCCCUACGCCGAGGACGAGAGUGUGGAUGACCUGGCACAGCAAAAACCUCGCUCUAUCCUGGCCAAGUAUGACGAGGAGCUGGAAGGCGAGCGGCCACACUCCUUUCGUCUGGAGCAAGGCGGCACUGCCGAUGGUCUGCGGGAGCGGGAGCUGGAAGAGAUCAGGGCCAAGCUGCGGCUGCAGGCUCAGUCCCUGAGCUCUGUGGGGCCCCGCGUGGCUUCAGAGUACCUGACACCUGAGGAGAUGGUGACCUUUAAAAAGACCAAGCGGAGGGUGAAGAAAAUCCGCAAGAAGGAGAAGGAAGUGUUAGUGCGGGCGGACGACUUGCUGCCUCUUGGAGACCAGACUCAAGACGGGGAYUUUGGUUCCAGACUGCGGGGCCGGGGUCGGCGCCGAGUGCCUGAAGUGGAGGAGGCGGCAGCCCCAGAGGAUGAGGAGAAGGAGCCUGUGCCCCAGCCCCCGCCGUCAGAUGACACCCGUGUGGAGAACAUGGACAUCAGUGACGACGAGGACGGAGGAGCUCUGCCGUCAGGGUCUCCAGAGGUGCUGGAGGAGGACGAGGCGGAGCUGGAGCUGCAGAAGCAGCUGGAGAAGGGGCGUCGGCUACGGCAGCUACAGCAGCUGCGGGACAGCGGGGAGAAGGUGGUGGAGAUUGUGAAGAAGUUGGAGUCUCGCCAGCGAGGCUGGGAGGAGGAGGAGGAUCCUGAGCGAAAGGGGGCCAUCGUGUUCAACGCCACCUCCGAGUUCUGCCGCACCCUAGGGGAAAUCCCCACCUAUGGUCUGGCUGGCAACCGGGAGGAGCAGGAGGAACUCAUGGACUUUGAACGGGACGAGGAGCGCUCUGCCAAUGGAGGCUCGGAAUCGGAUGGGGAGGAGAACAUCGGCUGGAGCACYGUCAACCUGGAUGAGGAGAAGCAGCAGCAGGACUUCUCUGCCUCCUCCACCACCAUCCUGGAUGAGGAGCCCAUCGUGAACAGAGGGCUGGCUGCUGCCCUGCUGCUCUGCCAGAACAAAGGGCUGCUGGAGACCACAGUGCAGAAGGUAGCCAGGGUGAAGGCCCCCAACAAGUCCCUUCCCUCAGCUGUGUAUUGCAUCGAGGACAAGAUGGCCAUCGAUGACAAGUACAGCCGGCGGGAGGAGUACCGAGGCUUCACCCAGGACUUCAAGGAGAAGGACGGCUACAAGCCUGAUGUUAAGAUCGAGUAUGUGGAUGAGACRGGCCGGAAACUCACACCCAAGGAGGCUUUCCGGCAGCUGUCCCACCGCUUCCAUGGGAAAGGCUCAGGCAAGAUGAAGACAGAACGACGGAUGAAGAAGCUGGAUGAGGAGGCGCUCCUGAAGAAGAUGAGCUCCAGUGACACGCCCCUGGGCACCGUGGCUUUGCUCCAGGAGAAGCAGAAGGCCCAGAAGACCCCAUACAUUGUGCUCAGUGGCAGUGGCAAGAGCAUGAACGCGAACACCAUCACCAAGUGAAGCUGGCCUCCCCCGAAGCCCCUCCCCAACUUUAAUGUUAAAUAAAGUUCCCUCCUUAUUUUUUC